AUGGCCAGGCUGACUACACACCAGGAUGAAAUGUUAUGGCUAUGGGUCCUGGGUGGUAAUAUUCUGACAGGCGCGUUAGGAUCAUAUGUGGCAGUAUUCGCCAUUUCCUUGUACAUCCUGCUGGCCCGAUUGGGAGCAAAGGACUCCAUAAACGGCCGUCUUCUGGUCAUCACAAUAUCGCUGUUCCUGUCCUCUACUGCAGCGAUUAUUUUGAACCUCCUGGUAAUCUUCCUUAUCGUCGAUGUCCCAACCAAUGGGACGGAUGCGGAAAUGUUAAAGGCGCUGCAUCUUGCGAAUAUCCUGUUAGCCAUUGAGACACCCUUCAUUCUCUUAAAUAGUCUCAUCGGCGAUGCCUUACUGGGGUUUUAUUCCCUCUUGUCGGAAGCAUCUGAUGUUGCAGUCAGCUGGAUUGGAUUGUCCUUCUUUGGAACGUCAUUGGUCACUGUUCUCUCGACGACUAUCCUAAUUACUGUGCGGAUUUUACGGACCAAUGGAGAAGUGCAGGAUCUCAACAUCAAAGGCAGUCGGCAUCGGCGAUACCGCAGGAUAGCCAUGUUGUUUAUAGAGUCCGGUUUGGCGUAUGCACUGUGUGUCUUGCUUACCUUCGUAUUGACAUUCGUGCGGGAAGGCGUGAACAUUGGAAUUGUUCCCUGCUUGGCCGCAGCCUUAUUUCCGACGGCUCUCAUUGCUCUCGUUGCCAUGGGCAAGGCGGUACAUCCGACUACUGUGUAUGUGAGAGACCUAGAUACCCAGCAGGGUAUUUCGCUGCCCGUGCUUCAAUUUGUCACCCCCAUGCCUGAAGGCGACAUCGAAUCUUCGAUGUUGGAUGAUGCUCCCUACCGGCUUUGCAUUCCGAAGGAGACCGCUGAAUGCAGAAGUAAAUCUACUGGCAUCAUAAUGGUGGAUAUAGGGCUAGUACCCGCGGCCCGCGACCGCGACACGUUGGCCCAUGGACAGACCAAGCUAAUUUAA